CAGAUAUUUAAUAUUGAAAGUGCUACAGAGCACUUGUUAACAUUUGCGUUAGAGUGGGCCAUGCGGAAGAGUUGGUAAGAGCCUAUCAAAUAGACAGUUGCGUCAAAUUUUUUACUGUCCUGGCUGGACUUUGCUUAACUGCUUAAGUAAAUUUGUAAAGCACUGAGUAAUCCGAAUUCGGAGAAAACUCAUUCUAUAUAUCUAAAAUUUGCAGCUUUGAAACUUGAAGCUUUAUCAUAAGUUAACUUGCAAAUGUCGGAUUCAGAGUCAUCAUGUGACGUACAGGAGAUCCUGGCCUGCCCUGGAUUGUAUCAAGAGUUCACACAAGCUCCCAAACAUGUCUACAACAAGCCAGCUUUAGUAAAUACAUUGAAUUGUAUCAAGAAUAAUCUUCCAUGGAUAGAACGAUUGGAUGUUGUAUGUGAAGCUGCUCCAGCUUUAAACGAUUUAAAAAUAGAUGAUUUACAACAGAUUAAUCCAGAUGAUGACUUUAAAAGGGAGAAUUAUUUCUAUCGUAUUGCUCAGGCUGGUGUACUUAAAGCUAUACCUCAGUUGCAUGCUUUAGAUGUGCCAACUAAACGUCCGUCUGAUUACUUUGCAGAAAUGGUCAAAACAGAUAAUCAUAUGACAAAGAUUAAACAAUAUUUAAUUGAAACUAAACAAAAAUUAGCUUUACGUGAACGUGCUAGACAAAUUAGAGAAAGACGUAAAUUUGGUAAACAAGUUCAACAAGUUGUGCAUCAAGCACGUAAAGAAGAAAAGCGUAAAUUAACUGAAGCUGUAAAGAAUACAUGGAAAAAAACAGGUACUAAUCGAGAAGAGAAAUUGGAACAGAUAUUGAGUGGAUUCAAGAAAGACUUUGAAGUGAAUGAGAAGACAGAUAAACAGAUGGCAUCGAAAACUUUUCAUACUGCUAAAGAUUAUGCCAAUCGACGAAAAAUUAAUCAUACACGUGUUUAUAAAAAUAAUAAAUAUGGUCAUGGUGGACAAAAGAAGCGUCAAAAGCGUAAUACAACUGAAUCAUUGAAUAGUGGAGUUCGACGUGACUUUAGUCAAUUGAAGCAUCAAGCAACUCCAAACAAAGCUAAACAAAUUCGAAAAGAUAUUCGUAAGUCAAGAGAGAAACGGAAGAAGAUGACAAAAAAACGUGCUUAAUAGACAUGUUGAGAAAAACUUAUGCUUUGUAUACUACUACUACUACUAGGGCUACUAUUGUAAAUUUUUAUCUGAACUGUUUCAAUAUACGCGCGUUUUCAUCUUAC